AUGGAAGCGGAAGAUGGGACGUACCCUUUUGUUGUCGGAAAUUCAACGCAAACCUUCAAGAUAUUAAAAGUUCACUUCUUCGUGAAAAGAACGCUCAUGUUCCACAUCUACAGAACUUAUAUUCCAUCCAUUCUCUUACUGGCUUUUGCAUUCGGAACAUUCUGGGUUCCCGACACUGCUGUUCCAGCUCGUAUGGGAAUGAUUGUGACAAGUUUUUUAUCAAGUAUUUUCAUCUUACAAGCAGUAAGUGAAAAAACAGUAAAAGUUCCCUACACAACACCAAUGCAAAUGUUUCUGGUUGUCAACAUCACAUUGAUUGUUUUUUCAAUGGUUGAAUAUAUUGUGGUAUUGCAGCUCAAACGAAAAUCGGAUAAACCACCAAAGAAGGAGCAAAGAAAUGGAAUACUUAACAAUGGUUACAUUUCAAAUGGUAAACUAAACAAGGCAAUAAAUUUAGAAAGCAGUUUUACCAAAACAUUAAAUUCCUUGGAAAGUAACGAAGAAAAUGUGUACGCUGAAAAUUACAAUAUUAAUAGUCUUCACUGGAUUGACAGAGUGGCUCAAAUUAUGGUCCCUAUCCUCUACCUGGUCUAUUGUGCUAUUUAUUUUGGGUAUUAUUUGUCAAAAGAAGAAUGCAAUGAUGACCAUGGACACUGCUGA